AUGGUCAAAACGCUCCCCUUCGGCGACAUUGAGGUCCCAGUCCCCGGCUUUGGGGCGAUGGGUUUCAACCACGGUCUUGGGUUAAACCUCACCUUGGAAGAAGCAGAGCCUGUCCUGCUUAAGGCUCUGGAGCUCGGCUGCACGUUCUGGGACACGGCCGUCAUAUACGGAGCCGGAGUUAACGAGAAACUCCUUGGAGACUUCAUCCGCAAACACAAUGUUCGCGACAAGGUCUUCAUUGCAUCCAAGUGCGGCAUCGUUUUACCCGACGCCGCUCCCGACAUGAGCAAGCCGCGGCUGACCGUCACCAACAAGCCGGCCCAUAUCAAGGAGUACAUCGAAGGCACUAUUGAGCGCCUUGGCUUCGCCCCUGACCUGUACUAUCUCCAUCGCAUUGACCCAGAAACUCCCCUCGAGGAAUCGAUCCCAGCCCUCGAUGAGCUCCGAAAGGCGGGCAAGACUAAGUACAUCGGACUGUCCGAAUGCUCCGCCGCGACCCUACGCAAAGCACACUCAAUCGCGAAAAUCGACGCCGUCCAAGCAGAAUAUUCCGCCUUCGAGACCCUGCACGAGACCGACGGCCUAAUCGACACCGCCCGAGACCUUGGCGUGGCCUACGUAGCCUACGGCCCGCUAGGACACGGCUGGCUGGUGGACGACUUUGCGUACAAGAGUCCCGAUGACUUUGCUCCCAAUGACGGCCGCCGUAGCAUCCCCAAAUUCCAAGGCGAAAACUUCCACCUCAACCGCGCCAUCGUCCACGAACUCCAACAACUCGCCGCCAAAAAGGGCUGCGCCACCACCCAGGUCGCACUCGCCUGGGUCGCCGCCCAGGGCAUGAUCGCCAUCCCAGGCACGACCAAGGCGCACCGGCUAGAGGAGAACUGGGCUUCCCGCGAAGUGGAGUUGACGGAGGAUGAGAUGAAGGAGAUAAGGCGGAUUGUGGAGGAGGCGAAGCCGAGGGGGGAGAGGUAUGGGGAGUCGUUGAGGAAGACGGUGGGGAAUUGA